GGGGGUUCUCCAGCGGCGCCCCCAGGCCUCCAGGCUCUGGUCCCAGAGUGCACCGCUGCGCUGACCGCUUCGGCCUGCGUGGACUGGACUCGGCCCAGGAUCCGGAGGAGAAGGGAUGUGGUGAAAGCCCACGUGGCAUUUUAACAUACACACGUGUACAGCUACAGUACCCGAGCUCCUUGGCGCGGCGUUAUCAUCCCCACUCAAGAAUGUUCCAGAAGUUCAAAGAUUGGUUCUGGCUAGAAAGAUUCUGGCUUCCUCCAACGAUACAGUGGUCCGAUCUGGAAGACCACGAUGGACUCGUCUAUGUAAAACCUUCGCAUUUAUAUAUGACAAUUCCAUGUGCUUUCUUCUUGCUGAUUGUCAGAUAUUUCUUUGAAAAGAUUAUUGCGACACCUCUAGCCCAAGCACUUGGCAUCAAAAAGGCAACUCGAAAGAUUACACCAAAUGCAGUCCUAGAGAACUUCUUCAAACAUUCCACAGAAACACCAUUACAUGGUGAUAUUUACGGACUGGCGAAGAAGUGUAACCUGACAGAGCGCCAGGUUGAAAGAUGGUUCAGGAGUCGGCGGAACCAAGACAGGCCUUGCCGGUUGAAGAAGUUCCAGGAAGCAUGCUGGAGAUUUGCGUUUUACUUCGUAAUUACUGUUGCCGGAGUUGUAUUUCUUUAUGACAAACCUUGGGUGUACGACCUAUGGGAAGUUUGGAACGGCUAUCCCAAACAGCCCUUGCUUCCAUCCCAGUACUGGUACUACAUUUUAGAAAUGGGUUUUUAUUGGUCUCUGUUGUUUAGAGUUGGCUCUGACACGAAGAGGAAGGACUUCUUCGCUCACGUGGUGCACCACCUGGCGGCCAUCAGCCUCAUGAGCUUCUCCUGGUGCAGUAACUACAUCCGCAGUGGGACCCUCGUGAUGAUCGUGCACGACGUCGCCGACUUCUGGCUGGAGGCUGCUAAGAUGUUCUCCUACGCCAGAUGGAAGCAGACGUGCAACACCCUGUUUUUCAUCUUCUCUGCCAUCUUUUUCAUCAGCCGGCUGAUCGUGUUCCCCUUCUGGAUCCUGUACUGCACGCUCAUCCUGCCGCUGUACUACAUAGACCCCUUCUUCUCGUACGUCUUCCUCAACGUGCAGCUCAUGGUCCUGCAGGGCCUUCACCUCUACUGGGCGUACUACAUCAUGAAGAUGCUACGGCGCUGCAUUUUCACGAAGAGCAUCCAGGAUGUGAGGAGUGAUGAUGAAGAUGAGGAGGAAGAGGAAGAGGAAGAUGAGGAGGAAGAGGAAGAGGAAGAGGAAGAGGCCACCCAAGCCAAAGAGACAGACUGUUUGAAGAACAGCCUCGGGGCUGACAAGCACCUCAUUCCCAAUGGUCAGCACGGCCGUUAGCGUGAAGCCCACGUGACUCCCCUAGCACACGCGUGUGAGCCCCGCCGGAGACCUGAACACUCCCUCACUCAUGGCCCGGAGGACCCACGGGGACCCCAGACCCUGCCCUCCCUUCUUUCCCAGCACCAACUCCCUCACUACCCCCUCGAUGGAUGAAAUGUUGCUCACUUGCGUUAAUAUGUUAAAUAUAAGCGUGCCCGUGGGUUCUAGUGCAGGGAGGACUCGGGCUGCUCACAAGUUUUUUGGGGGGGACCAUUCUAGUGUUCUCACUGCGCUCAUGUAUGCAUCUCUGACAUCGAACUUUCCAGGACUCACUGCGCUAGGCCCUUUCGUGCCCACCCCACCGCCCCCCCAACUUCAGGAUGGGUUGACAAGUGCUAAGCAA